AAACUUGAAUCUGAUAUUGGCAUUUAAUAAUUUGCGAAAUGAAUUCAGAUUAAUUGUAGCUUAGUUUAAUAGAAAUUUUAAAUUAAAUAUUAGUUACCGCUGUUCUUUUAGUGAGUAACGUAUUUAAAUGGAGUAUUUAUAAAACUGUGCUUAGAUUUUAAAUAGUCAUGACAAUUUUAUCAAUCGCAAGAAAAUAUGAUAUUGACUAAAAGUUCUAACUUUGGACCAAAAGCGUUUCUUUCAGUGAAACAGUUAUUUUAUUUUCAGGGUCGUUACGUAAAUAGAAAUAAUAUACAAUGUCAUUGCCAUGCACAACAAGGACAACGGCGCCUAUUUUUUAGUUUUCCAAAGUCUAGUCGUAAACGUGAAUAUUGUGGAAGACAGCUAGUUGGUUACACAAUGGAGCAGAUGUUUGAAGUUGUAUCAGAUGUGGAGAGUUAUUAUAAAUUUGUACCAUGGUGCAAGCGUUCGAUAGUAUUGAGUAAAACCUCAGACCAACUGAAAGCGGACUUAAUAGUGGGUUUUCCUCCCAUAAACGAGAGCUAUACAUCAAAUGUUACAUUAGUUAAACCUUACUUAGUGAAGGCCGAGUGUAUGGAUGGUAGACUCUUCCACUACUUAUUGACACUCUGGAGGUUUAGUCCAGGACUAAAAAGAGAACAGCAAUCCUGUGUCGUCGACUUUCAAAUAACAUUUGAAUUUAAAUCAACAUUUCAUUCACAUUUAUCAAAUUUAUUCUUUGACCAAGUCGCUAGACAAAUGGAGGGGGCUUUUAUAAAUGAAGUCGGAAAGAGAUUUGGCCCGCCUACAAUAAUGUCUAGAAACUUACUGCAGAAUCCUCAAGCAGUAAAAAGUUGAUGAUACAUGAUUUUGAAUUUAGCCAAAUAUUAUUUUAUGAUAUUGAAAUAAUGUGAUGUAAUAUUAUUUAUGUGGAAAAAAAAGCAGAGCUUUUUGUUUUUGUUCUUAAUAAUAAACAGAGUUAUUAUAUAUUUUGUAUUAUUGUGUUAAUUAUAAUUAUAGUAUGUGUUAAAUACUCAAGUAUUGAAAUUUUACUUGAAUAAAAGAAUUUGUUAUUAAAACA